CAACCAUGCCACACGUCGAAGUGCUGCCCAACUCGGCCGCGACCGUGACGCCCGGCUGGACAUACGUCGUGGACACCGGCUACGACCCGUCGAAAGUCGCCAUCAACCCCAAAAACAAAAAGCGCGCGGCCGCCACCACCACCCAGCGCGGCGACACCGACCUCUCCGCGCGCCAGCAAACCGCCAUCGCGCGCCGCAUCGCCGACCUCGAGCGCGACAACGACCCCAAGCAGCACAUCCCCGUGCCCGCCAAACCCUCCGUCCCGAAGACCCAGAACGCCCGCCGCAUCAUCCAGUACCAGCGCCAGAUCAAGCACUGGCUCGACGACGAAGACGCCCAGCUCGCGCUGCAGCCCCCGCCCGCCCGCAGAGACGCCCCGGGCACUCGCACUGCGCCGCGCGCGCCGGGCUCGCUGCCGGCCUCGGCCGAUGCCACGCCCGCGCCUGCGCCCAUGGACAUCGACCCCUCGGACGACGCGCUGCUCGACGUCUCCAGUCUCGUGCCCGCACCGCUGAACCCCGCGGCGCUGGACGCGCUGCUCAGCGCGCCGCCCCUCCCGUACUCGCAGAGUUUCGCCGCGGGGCCGGGCGCGGGCGAGCCGCCGCAGCGGCAAUUCUGUGAUAACUGCGGGUACUGGGGGACGAUUCGGUGUCGGCGGUGUGGGGCGCGGGUGUGUGGGCUGGAGUGCAGGGAUGCGCAUGAGGCGACGCGGUGCUUGAAGUGGGCUUGAGGGGUAGGGGUGAGAGUGGAGA